UGAUGAUAGACUCGUUGGCUGCUUCUGGAUCAGCUCCCCUCUCGCAUCGUGGGCGUUUCGGGUCAACUUUUAUGGAUUGAUCGAUGAGACAAAUAUAGUUUUAUGAUGGGAAUGAUGAUUGUUGAGUGUGCAACUCUUGGUGCCGUCCAAUGUAGACAAAUGACCUUGUGCAGAGAGCUUCUUAAUCUGAGUCAUGACUCCUAUCAGCCAAUGAACCACCGAUGCGCCUACGAUUUUGUGACUACGGAGAAAGACAUCGGUGGACAUGCUGACGCAUACAUAUCCAGGAGCAUGUCAUGGCAUGUCGAGGGACUGACUUUGUUGGAAGGAACAUAAAAGGACCGUCAAUACCUGGAUAUAGUUCUGCCUACUCUGUCUUAUCGACAAGGUAUUGAC